CAAUUCCUGAAAGUUAAUACGCUCUCUUUCGGCGGUAGCGCUUUAUUUGCCAUAAACUUAACUUUUUGACACUACUCGCCGCGCUCCUCUCGUCAGGCAGUGAGUGUGCCGCAGACACACCAGCACCCCUACAACACGGAUUUUCAGCACCAAAAGAUGUCGGCUCAGAUCAUUAGUGGGAAAGAGGUUUCGGCGCAGGUCAGGGAGCGUCUGAAGAAGGAUGUGGAGCAGAUGAAGCUUCAGGACCCCAACUUCAGACCUGGUCUAGUAGUUUUACAGGUUGGAGACCGCGAUGAUUCAAACCUGUACAUCAGCAUGAAGUUGAAGGCAGCAGCAGAGAUUGGAAUAAAUGCCACACAUAUGAGACUUCCCAAGACUGCAACAGAAGAGGAGGUACUUCACAGUAUCACAGAGGUGAAUGAGAACUCGUCUGUCCAUGGCCUCAUCGUGCAGCUGCCAUUAGAUUCUAUCCACAAGAUGGACACAGAGAAGGUCACCAACGCCGUGGCCCCAGAGAAGGAUGUUGAUGGACUGACCAGCAUAAAUGCGGGGAAGCUGUCUCGUGGGGACCUGGGUGACUGCUUCAUCCCCUGCACACCGAAUGGCUGCAUGGAGUUAAUCAGACAGACUGGUGUGUCUGUGGCAGGGAAGAGAGCGGUAGUGAUUGGGCGCAGUAAGAUUGUGGGUGCACCGAUGCAUGACCUGCUGCUGUGGAACCACGCCACCGUCACCACCUGCCACUCUAAAACCGCUGAUCUCCCUGGAGAGGUGGGCAAAGCAGACAUCCUGGUUGUCGGCAUCGGAAAAGCAGAGAUGGUGAAAGGAGAGUGGAUCAAGAAGGGAGCGGUGGUCAUCGACUGUGGCAUCAACCACAUACCAGAUGAGACUAAACCAAGCGGGAAGCGGGUGGUGGGCGAUGUCCACUACGCCUCAGCCAAGGAGCAGGCCGGCUUCAUCACCCCUGUACCCGGUGGUGUAGGACCCAUGACUGUGGCCAUGCUGAUGGCGAACACCGUAUUGAGCGCAAAGCGUUUCCUGGAGAGCCAUCAACCAGGGAUGUGGAACAUUUCUUACACCAAACUCAGCCUCCAGAAGCCGGUGCCAAGUGACAUCGUGAUUUCCCGCUCCUGUGUGCCCAAGCCCAUCGACCGUCUAGCCAGAGAGGUGGGCCUGCUCUGUGAUGAGGUGGAGCUCUAUGGCAAGACUAAGGCCAAGGUCCAGCUAAAUAUCAUCAAACGCCUGCAGGCCCAGCCAGACGGCAAAUAUGUGGUGGUCACCGGAAUUACACCCACCCCUCUGGGUGAAGGAAAGAGCACCACCACCAUCGGCCUGGUCCAGGCCCUGGGAGCCCACAUGAAGCUCAAUGUGUUUGCUUGUGUCCGACAGCCCUCUCAGGGACCCACGUUUGGCAUUAAAGGUGGUGCUGCGGGAGGUGGAUAUUCUCAGGUCAUUCCAAUGGAAGAGUUUAACCUCCAUCUCACCGGUGACAUUCAUGCCAUCACUGCUGCCAACAACUUGGUGGCUGCUGCCAUCGAUGCUCGCAUGUUCCACGAGGCUACACAAUCUGACAAGGCUCUGUAUAACCGCUUGGUCCCGCUCAGUGGAGGACAGAGGACGUUCUCUCCCAUCCAGCUCAACAGACUGAAAAAACUGGGCAUAGAAAAGACGGAUCCCUCCGCUCUGACUGAAGAAGAGAUCACCCGAUUUGCACGCCUGGACAUGGAACCAAGCUCUGUCACCUGGCAGAGAGUGUUGGAUACAAAUGAUCGAUUUCUGAGGAAGGUCACAAUCGGCCAGUCACCAACUGAGAAGGGACACACGAGAGAGGCCCAGUUUGACAUCACGGUUGCCAGUGAAAUCAUGGCGGUGCUCGCCCUCACCAGCAGCCUGGCGGACAUGCGCCAGCGUCUUGCCAAGAUGGUCGUGGCCACCAGCCGCAGCGGACAGCCCAUCACCACCGAGGACCUGGGUGUGAGUGGUGCUCUAGCUGUGCUAAUGAAGGAUGCCAUCAAGCCAAACCUGAUGCAGACCUUGGAGGGAACCCCUGUAUUUGUCCACGCUGGCCCGUUUGCCAACAUCGCCCAUGGCAACUCCUCCAUCCUGGCUGAUAAAAUAGCGUUGAAGCUGGUUGGACCCGAGGGCUUUGUAGUGACGGAGGCUGGCUUUGGUGCUGACAUUGGCAUGGAGAAAUUCUUCAACAUCAAGUGCCGUUACUCAGGCCUGAGACCCCACGUUGUGGUGCUGGUGGCCACUGUCCGAGCCCUGAAGAUGCACGGAGGAGGACCAACAGUCACUGCUGGGAUGCCGCUGCCUAAGGAAUACAUUGAGGAGAACCUGGAGCUGCUUCAGAAGGGCUGCAGCAACAUGAGGAAGCAGAUAGAGAAUGCACAGCACUUUGGCGUACCAGUGGUGGUGGCGGUCAAUGCUUUCAAGACAGACACUGAGGCCGAGCUGGACUUGGUCUGCACCAUGGCCAAAGCUGCCGGAGCCUUCGACGCUGUGCGCUGCUCCCACUGGGCCGAGGGUGGAGCCGGUGCGGUGGCCCUGGGUCAGGCUGUCCAGAGGGCCUCUGGGGCCCCCAGCAACUUCAAGUUCCUCUAUGAUUUGGAGCUCCCAAUUGCUGAAAAGAUUCGAAUAAUUGCCCAGAAGAUCUACGGAGCUGAUGAUAUUGAACUUCUCCCAGAGGCUCAACACAAGGUGGAGCUCUACACCAAGCAGGGUUUCGGCAAUUUACCAAUCUGCAUGGCUAAGACUCACCUGUCGCUAUCUCACGAGGCAGACAAGAAGGGUGUGCCCAAAGGUUUCAUCCUGCCAAUCAGAGACAUCCGAGCCAGUGUGGGCGCUGGCUUUCUGUACCCGCUGGUUGGCACGAUGCCCACAAUCCCAGGUCUGCCCACCAGGCCUUGUUUCUACGACAUUGACCUUGACCCUGAGACGGAACAGGUCAACGGGCUCUUCUGAAGCAGGGCUCUGCACUGUAUGAUGGUAAGGAAGGAAUACAUACAGAUGCCAAUCUCAAACUGGAGUUAGCAGGCUCGGGUGCUAACUGAGCCUUAAUGAAAUGUGAUGUACUAAUAACUAGAAACGCUUCGAGCUCCUCUGUCGUUUUUCCCUCUCACUGAUAUCUGUAAAUAAUUGAUUUGCUUUGCCCAGAUGGCUGCUGAAGGGUAAAUCAAGAAAAUUUAUCACAGAACAGUUCAUCCCCCUGAGAUUGAUUGAUAGACCUUUUUGUAAAGGGGACAUGUCCUAUUGACAGUUCUUACAGCUACGUUGCUCUCUGCACAUAAACAAGCCCCACGUGUAUUUUCCAGUGGCAAUAAUAAUCCUAGAUGCUUAAGUGGCAGAUCUGGAGGCUUGUGGUAACUAGUUGUGUAUAUUUUGUGUUCACUACAAAAUGAGCAUCUCCUCCAGGCCGUUGACUUUAACAAUCCACUGAAUUGUGUGUGCUUUGGAACAAAUCUAUUACAAAAAAGGUCUGAACAUAAAAAUAAUGCUGCCCUACAAAAUGUUUUAUAAUAUUUUAUUUCUGAGCAAUCUUGUGUCUAUUGUCAAAUUUCCUAUUUUGCCUGUCUUGUUUUCGAACUGAAUCCUCUCUAACCUAGCUGGAGCAGUCGCCACUACUGGGAAAGUGUCAUGUUGUUGUAAAUCAGUGGUCAAAUAAAGUGUCCUUGAAGCCACAUAUCAAACCCA